AUGGGUCCAGGCAGCAGCGCACAAACCAUUGAGUUGCAACAGCUUCCAGCGUUGCCAUCUGGUGCUGGAUUGCACGCAACAACAAAGCUUGCCAACUGUGAUACUGCAAUAUCACCAUUUAGAGAAACGGAGAGAGACUUGAAUCUGUUGAGCCCCAAUCACAGUGGCAGUUCUCCUCAUUCCACACCUCCCGAGGAUGCAGUUGAGAUCUUCCAGAAAUGGAACUAUCCUCGUUCAAACAUCGCCCGAAUACUGUCCAUCUUCUGGAGUCUGAUGGUCAUGGGCGCAAAUGACGCGUCGUAUGGACUGGGAAAAUACUAUGAGUUACCGUACUCUUUUACGUCGCUCAUCUUCCUCGCGCCUUUCAUCGGCCAUACGCUGUCAGCGGCCCUGAACACCAGUCUCCACGAGACUGUCGGGCAAAGAGGUAUAGCCAUUAUUGGCUCGGGAUGUCACCUUGCAGCAUACAUCGCCAUUUCACUUCCCCUGCCAUACCCAGCACUCGUAUUCAUCUACAUGCUUGCCGGGCUGGGCAAUGGCAUUGGUGAUGCUGCCUGGAACUCAUGGGUAGCCAGCAACCUGGCAGAUUCCAACGUGGUUAUCAAUUCCAUGCAUGCUUGCUACGGCCUCGGGGCCGUUCUGGGACCGGUGACUGCAACUACUAUGGUCGUAAAGGCUGGCCUUCCUUGGUACGCGUUUUACUACUUCAUGGCUGGCUUAGCGGGCAUAGAGCUCGUCACAACAUCGACCACAUUCUGGUCUGCAACGGGCAAAGCUUACCGAGAAGCCAACCCCAAAGGCCCGGAACCAAGAGAGUCGAUCGUUCAUGAAACGCUUUUCAAGCUGCCCAAUGCGAGAACAACAUGGGUUUGUGCCAUAUUUGCACUGGGAUAUGUUGGGCUCGAAGUAUCGCUGGGUGGAUGGAUCGUCACCUUUAUGUUGCAGGCCCGGCACGGCGAAGAGUUCGCCAGCGGUAUGACAGCAACAGGUUUCUGGGCUGGGCUAGCUGCAGGCCGCAUAGCCCUGGGUUUUGUCACUCCACGCGUAGGAGAAAGAUUUGCCGUGAUGGCUUAUCUCGGAGCCGCCAUAUGUCUACAACUUCUCUUUUGGCUGAUCCCGCAGUUCUUCAUAUCGGCCAUCACAGUUUCGCUCCAGGGCUUUUUCCUAGGGCCGCUGUUUCCAGCCAUCAUGAUAGCGGUAACAAGGUUGCUCCCAAAGCACUUACACGUCAGUGCUAUUGGAUUUGCCAUCGGUCUAGGAGGUAGCGGUGCCGCGAUUCUUCCGUUUGUUAUAGGGGCGCAAGCUCAACGACACGGUGUACAAGUACUAUCACCGAUUGUAUUGGGGGCUUUAGUGUUCUUGUUGAUGACGUGGUCUUUCUUGCCUAGCUUCGGUCGAAAGCAGGACUAG